GUUUCCACGGAACAUUUCGAGCAGAGCACAACUGUAAUGGUUCCGCUGCUCCAGUCAUCGGACAGACAACAUGGCGGAACCUGCUGUCCAGAGUGUGGUACUGCACUAACAAGAGAGACGAGUCUGUUUGGAAACUGUUCGGACACAAACAAGUUAAUGACUGUUUGAAUGUGAACACGCUGUCGUACUGCAGAGAAGACGUUAAUACUGCGUUGGUAAAUAUUCUGUCGGAGUGAUGCGAGUGUUACACGUGUGACGUCACGAGGCGUCGUCCUUAGCGGUCACGUGACUUGUGGCGUGUGUCAUUACCGCUGGUGUCGGAGUCCGUUCGCAGUGACACAUCAGCGGCCCACGGAACCGAACACGAUGGACUUCAACGUGAAGAGACUCGCCUGCGGUGCAGGACUGUUCUUCACGCGAGCUGUGCAGUUCACAGAGGAGAAGCUGGGCCAGGCGGAGAAGACGGAGCUGGACGCUCAUUUUGAAAACCUGAUGAGCCGCGCAGACUGCACCAAGAACUGGACGGAGAAAAUCUACAGACAGACUGAGGUCCUGCUGCAGCCCAACCCCAUUGAUCACACUGGUGCCAGAAUCGAGGAGUUCCUCUACGAGAAGUUGGACAGGAAGGCUCCAUCCAGGAUCACCAACGGAGAGCUGCUGGGUCAGUACAUGCAGGACGCAGCCAGGGAGUUUGGUCCAGGAACUCCAUAUGGAAGAACUUUGACCACAGUGGGGGAAUGUGAGGGAAGGUUAGGAGCAGCAGAGAGGGAUUUCCUCCUAACAUCAACCAUCAGCUUUCUGACUCCCCUCAGGAACUUUCUGGAAGGCGACUGGAAGACCAUCUCUAAAGAAAGACGUCUUCUGGAGAAUCUGCGCCUGGACCUGGACGCUUGUAAGACACGUUUGAAGAAGGCCAAGUUGGCUGAGGCGAAAGCUGCGUGCGAUGGUGAAAUGGCUCCGGACUUUCAAGAAACCAGACCCCGCAACUACGUGCUGUCUGCUAGUGCCUCUGCGCUGUGGAGUGAGGAAGUGGCAAAGGCUGAACAUGAACUCCGGGUGGCGCAGACAGAGUUCGACCGUCAAGCAGAAGUGACGCGGCUGCUCCUGGAGGGCAUCAGCAGCACACACGUGAAUCACCUGCGCUGUCUGCAUGAGUUUGUGGAGGCGCAGGCCGCUUUCUAUAAGCAGUGUCAUCUCCACAUGCAGGAGCUCCAGAAGGAGUUGGGAAGGCUUCCCAAUGCGUUUACCCUGAACCCGUCUCAGUCCGUGGCUGCUGCUGGCCCCGCAGCAGAAGGCCUGGGCAGCCCUGUGGAGAAGGACACGCUGCAGAUAGAGGAAGUUCAGGCACCGGCUACAGGAACUCGCAAGGCCAAAGUUCUUUACGACUACGAUGCUGCGGACUCAAGUGAGCUCUCCCUUCUAGCUGACGAGCUCAUCACAGUUUACACUGUCCCGGGGAUGGACUCUGACUGGCUGGUCGGUGAGAGAGGAAACCAGAAAGGAAAAGUGCCUGUUACAUACUUGGAGCUUCUCAGCUAAAGACUUGGCAUAUAUUCUCUCUCUCUCUCUCUCACUCACAUACUCACUCACUCACACACACACACACACACACACACACACACA